AUGUCUCCAGUGUGGAGAUAAACAACGUCGCUUUCUUUCGCGACUCCGUCUGUACUUGUAAAGGUCGUCGAAACAGCUUGUCGCGAACACCACUCGCUGGUGGUUGCGGCGAGUGUUAAACUGGCAGUCGUGCGUUAGCAGUCGCAGACGUACGUUGUAGAGUCGGCACGUUUGACCGUGUGUUGGUUUAAGCUAUCAGCAGCAUACUUCUGUCCAGUCUUUGUUCCGGUUGGUGCUUCUUGACGAUAGAGUACGCAUCUCUGCUCCUGAAACAUCGAUAGAUCUUCAAGCAACCGUACACUCAAAGCAAAAAAAUGUCCUCCCGCAAAACCGCCGGACGCCGGGGUACGACGAAAAAGCGUGCCCAGCGAGCCACCUCGAACGUAUUCGCGAUGUUCGAUCAGGCUCAGAUCGCCGAGUUCAAGGAAGCGUUCAACAUGAUCGACCAAAACCGGGACGGCUUCAUCGAGAAGGACGACCUGCACGAUAUGCUGGCGUCGCUUGGCAAAAACCCCACGGAGGAGUACCUUGAGGCGAUGAUGAACGAGGCACCAGGACCGAUCAACUUUACCAUGUUCCUAACACUGUUCGGCGAGCGGCUACAAGGCACCGAUCCGGAGGAAGUGAUCAAGAACGCGUUCGGUUGCUUCGAUGAGGAAAACGCAGGAGUCAUCAAUGAGGAUCGAUUGAGGGAAUUGCUGACCACGAUGGGUGACCGCUUUACCGACGAGGACGUGGACGAGAUGUUUCGAGAGGCACCGAUUAAGAACAGUUUAUUCGAUUACAUCGAGUUCACGCGCAUCCUGAAGCAUGGCGCGAAGGAUAAGGACGAGCAGUAGAACCCCCCUACUUUGUGCCUCCAUCCCGCAUGCAAUUAAUUGGCCUCCGGUACCUUCGGCGUUGCAUUUAGACGAAUUGUUUGCAAAUGAUUGAUUUUUGAAGGGAGCUUGUUUCGCGUCGCGUGACUUCCCUGUAUCCUGUUCUUGCAAUUGAACUAUUAUUUCAGUAUUCCCAUCGAACGGCACGUCAUUUCGCUUGAAACAACGAAGAUUGUUUCGUGAUGCAUUGUAGGGACUCACUACUAAUAAAGCAUUUUUGGCCAUAGAACAUCGUGUCAAGGUUUAUUUCAGUUUCCGCGCAGGUUCGCGUACGCUUACGCUUGCCGCAGGAUGCGGGAAAACUAUAGGCAGGCUAAGCGAGAAAUGUAGCUAAUAAAUCGAUUUGAGACACAAUUCAAGCGUAUUGCUUUGUGUUUAUUUUGUACCACAACGAAGGGAAGCUUUAUUGUGGAAUAGAAUAAACGUACACUUUAAGUGGAACGUUCG